ACCGCUCUCUCGGCGGACAACCGCGUAGUACCAUGUCUCGAUUACAAACCCGAUACUUUGUGAAAACUUAAAAACAAUGUGGUUGGAUGUUAGCGCGCGAGAAAAACACAGCUACAUGACGCAAACCAACGGAUCCUUCAUACCAGGAUACACAGGACACUGUCCUAUGCUCAAGUUCCGAUUCGGCAAAUGUUACGGGGACAACACGAGGCAAAUACUGCGAGAAAUACGAUCCAAAGGACUAUUCAAUAAGCCACUCGAGUACCGGCCAGGCGACAAUUACGAGCUAGACAACGUUCCGAAGCGCGACAUGCCUCAGCGAGAUGUUUACGAAGGCCUGCGCAACCGACAGACUUCUUACAUGACUGGCUAUACAGGAUAUGUUCCAGGGAUGAACUUUAGAUAUGGCAAAUCCUACGGCAGAGCAGCGGACGACUGCAUGGCGGACUUUGCUGAGAACCAACGCGACUUGAGACGUAAAGCCGAUCUGAACAGGUCCUUUAUAAGGUCCCGGAGCGCACCAAAGAUGGAGACGAUACAUUCCAGAGACGAGAUACGGCGAGACCUGUCUAGAUUUAGGGAGAUCAAUAAGUACAAAGAGAACACAAUAUCUCCGGAAUUCCCUCCAAUCGCUGGAUACACUGGCCACAUCCCCCGCAUCAAAGGUUCCGAAGCCUCCCUAAGUCAGAGAUACCACUGCGCCGCCAAACGGGGCUUAGAGCUCAUCAGAAUGGAGCGAGACAAGAGAAAAGAGCUCCAGCAAGCGAACACCAACGUCAAAGCCAUCCUUAAGGACCACGAGAAGAAAUACUCUUACAUCAACUGGGGAUAGCAUACAGGCAGGAGAAUGUUCUUUACCAAGUGCCGGUGAACAUUCUUCUGUGACAAACAGUAUUUUGUUGUUGACGUGUGAAAUAAUAAUUAGAUUUAUGACCUUUAAUGGUGAAGGUUUCUGUCCCCCUAGACAAGUUGCACUUUUUGAUCGAAUCUUAAAGCCCGGUCUGUGAGCACGUAAAAUUUUGUCCAAUGAACCCAAGCUACCCAUCCUUAUCGCUCGCGCGUAAUUAUAUUGCUGUCGCGACUGUGCGACGGGCGCCCGCAGUGAGUGUGCGAACGCGACAGCAACAUAAGUAGUCAUUGGACAAAAUUCUACGUGCUCACGAACCAGACUAAUAGUAGUCAUAACUCCAUACAAAAAAGCUUUUCGACCAUUUUUCGACAGGUUUGCGAUUAUAAUGUGCACUUUGUCUAGACCCACUGUUACGAUACUUUUUGUAGUACGCGAGGCUGUUUGGUUGUUUCGAAUGGUAAAACGUCACAAGCAAUAUCAAAAUGCGUUCCGGCAUGCCAAUAAUUCAAGUAUACUUACACGUUAGAAUAAAUUAGGAUAUGUUAACGGUUAUUCCUAAACGACGCAAAGUUUGCCGAAUAUUUUGACAACUUGUACAAGUAAUUUAAGUGCUUUAAAGCACAAGCCUAUUUCUUGUUACCAUUCAGACCUAGGUCGAAAUUUGAUGUACGCAAAAUAUAGGUAGGCUCUAUGGAAUAGAGCUAGACAAAAGAUGUGUACUUUUUGGAUAAGAUUAAGCCUAAGCGAAGACCAUCGAUUUUUCGUCAGCCGAUAGUUUAGUCGGGCAGUUGAUCAGUAUGGGCAUGUAUAGAAGUGCGCACAUUGCACCGAUUUGAUUUGGCCGACUCUUCAUACAAUUUAAAAUCGGGCACAACUAUCGGCCAACUAAAGAUCGGUGGUCUGCGCCUAGUCUAAUAGGGCUCAAGUGAAUUAUUUAAGAUUUUUGAAUGACAGAAAUCAAUAAAAACACUAGACAUCGUCGAAUAGGGAUAGCCAAUAAGCAAUAAGUAGAUUUAUCGUGCACCAUUGUUGAAAGUCACCUAAUUUCGCCUCUGUAGAGACACCAAGAUGAUACCCAUAAUCUGUGGUUUACGUAUCGCUAUAAGCUCUUUUGGCGUAAAUCUUUCUGAGUUAUGCAGUCGUCUUCAAUCAUCAAACACCCUGCAGAAGGCAUUCAAAGAGUAUUUCAACCUAUACUUCCAAUUUGUAAAUGCCUUAGUACAAAAACGCAUUUACAUUACUUAUCAAACAUUAUUUUGUAAAUACUUGUUCUCAUUGUAAAGAUACAUUAUUUUCAUUGUUAAAUAUUUUUAAAUCGUGUAAAGAAAUAAAAUAUUGGAGUUAUA